AUGAAGCUCAUGUAUCAACCCUUACUUGCCCUCCUUGGCCUUGCCGGGACAGUGACAUCCGCGGAUACCAAUGCGUGGAAAUCACGAACAAUUUACUUUGCCUUGACCGACCGUAUUGCCAGAAAUGCAAACGAUGGCGGUGGUGGCUCUUGUGGGAACUUGGGCAACUACUGCGGCGGCACAUUCAAAGGACUAGAGUCGAAGCUUGACUACAUCAAGGGCAUGGGAUUUGAUGCCAUCUGGAUUACUCCUGUUGUGCAAAACAGCCCGGGAGGCUACCACGGAUAUUGGGCUCAAGACCUCUACAAGGUGAACUCCAACUAUGGUUCUGCUGAUGACCUCAAAAGCCUCGUCAACACUGCUCACAGCAAGAGCAUGUUUGUCAUGGUGGAUGUUGUUGCCAAUCAUGUUGGCCCCAGCUCCAUCGCAGAUGACCGUCCAGACCCCAUGAAUCAAGACAGCUCCUACCAUCCGGCUUGCGAUAUUGACUACAAUAACCAAAGCAGCAUUGAAAACUGCCGCAUUGCUGGACUUCCAGACGUGGACACACAAGACCCAAAGAUUCGCAAGGUUUACCAAGAUUGGGUCAAAUGGCUUGUCAAUGAGUACAAGUUUGAUGGUGUUCGCAUCGACACGGUUAAACACGUCGAGAAGGAUUUCUGGCCACCCUUUGCACUUUCUGCCGCCGUUUACACAAUUGGCGAAGUCUUCAGCGGAGACCCCAACUACCUUAAGGGCUAUGCGGACAAGAUGGCUGGUCUGUUAAACUACGCCAUUUACUAUCCACUCAACAGAUUCUAUCAACAGAAGGGCUCCAGCCAAGAUCUCGUCGACAUGCACAAUCAAUUUGGUUCAUUGGUCCCUGAUCCGACAACAAUGGGCACCUUUUUGGACAACCAUGACAACGAGCGCUUUCUGAACCAACACAAUGACAUCUCAUCUCUCAAGAAUGCAUUGACCUACGUCAUGCUUGCGCGAGGAAUCCCCAUUGUGUACUAUGGAAUAGAACAGGCAUUCUCAGGCGGUGGUGAUCCGCAGAACCGUGAGGACCUCUGGCGCAGCAACUACAACACUCAAAGUGACAUGUACAAAUUCUUAGCCAAGCUCGGCGACGUCCGACGUCGCUUCGGUGGGCUGCCAAACAAUGAUCAUAACCACAUUUUUGUCGAGGAUACCGGUUACGCUUGGGAGCGUGCUGACGGCAAACUCCUUGCGCUGACGAGUAACAUUGGACGCGGCAACUCGCGCCAGUACUGCAUGUAUACACAAAAGAACAAUUGGACAUGGCAUGAUGUCUUCACAGGCCAGGCAUACACCUCCGAUGGAAACGGUCGACUGUGUGUAACGAACAGCAACGGCGAGCCUAUCAUCAUGUCAACGCAAUAG